AUGACAGACGACGAACCCUCUCUCAACAUACCAUCGCUUCUUACCCUGGCGGUCGUAUCAUAUUUUGUGUUCCGAUGGUUCUUCAACCGCGAUGACAAUUCCACGACAGGCGGCCGAGGCCGGGGGCGUGGCAACGCCGUAGACCCUGCGUCAGUCGCUCAGAUUGCGCAGAUGUUCCCUCAGAUGAGCACCCGGGAUAUAAUGUGGGAUCUGCAGCGGAAUGGAGGCAGUGUCGCAGCAACUACUGAACGGAUCUUGACCGGACGGGGACUUGAAACGCCCCCUCCUUCCUUCCAACCUCAGGUCGCAAUCCCCCCGACAAACAUACAACCGGUGCAGACUGCCUCCGCUCCAUCAGCCCUCAAGGCAGACGGACAGGACUUGAUAUCUCGCUACAAUCUGAGCGAGAAGGCUUCCAGUCCUCACGCGGAAGCGGAAGAUCAGCCGGCAACAUCAUCAAAGGCUUCCUGGGCCCAAAAUAAGGAAGAGCGCCAGCGGCUGUUGCAGAAACGCCGGGAUGACAUGAUUUUGGCGGCGCGGAGGAGGAUGAUGCAGAAGGACCAGAACGGUGCUCAAUGA